AAGUCAGUCGCAAAUUGUAAACGGUACUGAAAAGAAGUUAUUUGUUUUUAGAACUUUACAAUUAUUGUGAAAUUAAUGAUUACGUCUAAAAAAAGUAAUGUUAUGUGUAAUUUGUGAUCUAGGUAGUGAGUGUGCUUGAGGGAAAAAGUGUAUAAUCAAGGAUUUCGAGUGAUUUGAGGCGGGGAAUGAAGCAGUAAUAAUUUGCAGUUUUCCUCGUUUUUACGGUUUUUAUUGAGUUUAAUCCGUAACUGAAGGUAACGAAGCGGAACUUAAGUUAAAUACGUCGCUACUAUCUUGCACAAAGGAUACUCCUUUGUGCAAGAUAGUCUAUAAUAUAUAUUUGUAGGUAGCGGCCUAUAGUGAACUAAUUGGCAAACAUUCAAGUGAGUGAUUAUGAAUACUAGUAAAAUGGAUUCAAAAACAAAACACGUAAGAUUCUGACAUCACCUCAAAAUGUCUCCCGAUAAACGGAAGAGAAGGAACGAGGUAAAAAGGACUAAUUAGUUGAUGAUCUCAUUUAAGCGCUCAAACAAAGACUGAUAGCAAACAACAAUGAUUGCCUUAAAAAAACUUUACGGAGACGAACUACUCCGCUUAGCUUUAGUAUUAAGCCUCCUAAAGGCGAACCCGGAGGAAUUCUUAGAGAUAGAAACACAGCAAAUGCUCACCGGACUCCAUAUCUCCAACGGAUCUGAUUGGUCAUUGGAACAAGAAGCCAGAACAUUGAUAAGACCGCGUUUCGUUCACCCGAAAUCGCUGGACAGCAUUCUAAUAAAUCACGAAAGACAGCUGUUCGAGGAGCUUAAUUCCCUAGGACGGUAUAAUUAUCGGAUAAACAAUGACCGGAUAUGGCAUAAUCAAGCAAUUCAUACAUAUUUGGUUAAUAAUGUAUCGACAGUUGCGCCCGGGCCUCCAAGCGAGGAGGAGCAAACUGAUGAUGCCGUUUCCUCAGACGAAAAUGUAGCUCAAGAAGUGAAAAUAAGCGAGGAGGAAACGGAAGCUGAUGAACCGGACACACCGGAUGCUGUGGUCACGUUAUCGGCUGACUUUUUUGAAAAUCGAACCGAAUCGGAUAUCUUUGCGGAGAUAGGGAGUCGAUCGUUUGACGUGAACGAGUUUCUGGUGCCUGAUGAAAUGCAGAUAAAAAAGGAAGAUCUUCUUGAUGUAAGGGUGAAAAUAGAGGCAAUAGACGAAGAUGACCUCUACAGUGAUAAUGCUAUUGACGAUUUCGUACCAUACUUCAACGCAAAGGCUGAGAAGCUGGAACUAGAUGAAUCGUCAGUCUACCAUCAGAACAUAGCAGACCUGCAAGACUAUGGGGAACUCUUUGAAGACGUGAAAGAAUUGAGGAAUGAUCUCGAAAGUUUAGAUGUGAAACAGCAGCAGGAGAACUUAGAACAAUAUUUGCUCGAAAACACGCCAUUGGAUACAGAAAUAUACGAAUUGGCCCCUUUCGAAGAUGACUUAGUUGUGGUGAAGAGAGAGAGAGCCAGUACGAGUUUUACGGCUAGCUCCAGUGGUGUGAGUGAGAUGGAUGCAUCUGACGUAAAGUUGGAACCCGAUGAAGGUCAUCAUACUGGCGACGAGCUGACUCAGGAGGACAUGGAUCUGAUCGAGGUGCUGUGGAAGCAGGAUGUCGACAUGGGGUUCUCUCUGGAGGAUCCAAUGCAGCUGGAGGGUCCUCAAGCCACGAAAGUGGAGAUGGGCAAGGAGUUGGAUAAGGACCUGAAGGUUUUAGAAGAGAAGAAGAUGUUAGAAGAAUCUGAGAAGAUCGAGAAGGUCAAGGCUUGUCUGCUGGACACGGAGAAUAAAGAGGAUGACCCCUGGGCUGGACUGUCGUAUACAGUUGAUACUGAGACGGGUGAAUACGUGAUACAAGGCGAUCUUCCUGGAGACCUUGUAAGCACUGAGGAAUCCCGAUUCGAUUUGCUUGAGGAGGCUCUGCAGCUUGUUGAACUUGGUGACGAAGCUGAGACCAAGGAUGAGCAGCCAGAGGCGGUAGAAGGGAGUAGCAGUGGAGGGGGCGAGAUGUUGCAUCCGGCGAUGCGGCACAUGCCGCAUCACCCACUCGCACAUUAUCAUAACCAGUCGUUGAUGCGGUCGAUGUCUGUGGAACAACGGUGGCAGGAUCUAGCGUCGUUGCUGACCAUCCCUCCACCCCCGGACCAGUACCAGCACUACCACCAACAUGCUCACGCGCAUAACAUCAGCCACGGCGCAGGGGGCCACUACCCUCCCAACUACCACGCCCCUCACGCGCCGCUUCCGCCGCAUCCUGAGAAACUUGCAGAGCCCUACGGUGCUGCAGCUCCAAUCGAAAGUUCUUAUAAAGUGGAAUCAGCCCAUCAUCCACAACAACAUGACGCUGUAUACUACCAGAAUUCAACAUCGGAAAUGGCGCCCAAUCAAGAUGGCUUCCUGCAGUCGAUAUUAAAUGAUGAAGAUUUACAACUGAUGGACAUGGCUAUGAACGAAGGAAUGUACACAAUGCGCAUGCUCGAUGGCGCUACUGCGCAUGUGCCACAGAAUCAAACUCACAUGCCUAUGACCACAGAGCGUGACUCGGCUUCCGACAGCGCUGUUUCAUCCAUGGGUUCGGAGAGAGUCCCAUCACUGUCUGACGGAGAAUGGUGUGAUGGAAGUGACUCUGCGCAAGAUUACCACAGUUCAAAAUUCCGCCCAUAUGACGGCGCAUAUGCCAGAGAACGAAAUGCCCAUGCGCCGCAGAAGAAACAUCAUAUGUUUGGCAAGAGAUGCUUCCAGGAGCAACCUCACUUGGAGCCCCUCGUGCCUCGUCCCCCUGCUGUGAAGUACGAAUGUGAACAGACAUACCAUCAUGAAAAUAUGCAUAUGCACAAUGUGGAGUACGGUCGUCAUCAGCUGGCUGGACCUCACGUUACUCCGCUUCAACCAGCUUUGGACCUGAACACGGCGCAUUCCAGUCACGCACUCCUACAGAACAACGUCACUCCUCCAGCGGUCAACCGUUUUCCGCUUUUGGGUGAUAGAGUGAGACACAACCACACCUACAGCGCGCCAUUGCCGCCGCCAGACCAUAGACAACCGGUCAGAGACAAAAGAGUUCGGCGGCUCACAGAUGGUAGCAGUUCGGAAGGAUCUCCGGGACAUUUGAGCCGGGACGAGAAACGCGCUAAGGCACUCGGUAAAUGUAUACCUCUGGAAGUAGCAGACAUAAUAAACCUGCCGAUGGACGAGUUCAAUGAACGUCUCUCAAAACACGACUUAAGCGAAGCCCAACUCUCACUCAUAAGAGAUAUUCGGCGGAGAGGGAAAAAUAAGGUAGCAGCCCAAAACUGCCGCAAACGCAAGUUGGAUCAAAUCACAUCUCUAGCGGACGAAGUGCGCACAGUCCGCGAUCGUAAGAUACGCACGCAGCGCGAUCACAACGCACUCCUCGCCGAACGACAAAGGCUGAAGGAGAGAUUCGCUGCACUUUAUCGACACGUUUUCCAGAACCUCCGCGAUGGCGAAGGUAGGCCGCUAUCAUCAGCUCAGUACUCGCUGCAGCAAGCGGCCGACGGAAACGUUGUUCUUGUACCCAAAAUGAACCCGCAUGACCACGGCAUGAACAGAACAGACGACGACAUGGAUAGAAAAAAGAGCUAUGAGUGACAUUAUCUACCUUUUUGGUAGCGAGACUGGAACAAAUAUACCUCUGUGUUUAAAAAAUUGAUCCACGUACUUAAGAUAACCGUUCUGCCAAAAGCAAUAAUUCUGUAAAAAUUGCCUUAUUAAAGAUAAAAAUUCUUUUGAAACAUUUAAAUUUUUCAUUUUAUACUUCCGACAUGGAGUACAGAGUUUACGACGCAUUUGUGAUUGUCGCCGAACGGGCGCGUUCGUAGGGAUUACGAGGACGUGAGCGCUUUAAAUAUUCGAAAAAAUAAUGAUGUGAUAGAAAAAGCUAUUCCAUUUUCGAUUAGUUUCCGUUUAGUUUACGGUGUUGCCAGUGUAAUUUAUAAUAAAGGUCACGUUGCAAUAAUUGUAUAGUUAGUCCUUUUAUUUAUGUAUAGCGUAGGUUAAUUGUUAUAGAAAUCUGUUGUAUUAUUUCCGGUCGUCUACUAAAGUACAAAAUUAUGGACGUCUCGUGUCCGAUGGAGAUGAAUUUGAAAGACCGCCCGGUCUUUUAGAUUAAGGAACUUAUUGUAAGCCAUAUUGAUAAUUGUCAUUUGUGUCGGCAAUUUUUUGGCGGCAACAUUUUUUCCUUUUUGGUGCAAACAUGUAACUUUUAGUUGAAAUAAAGAAAAUCUUGGUUGUUUUAAUGAUUUAUUGAAAAUUUUGUUAUA